AUGUGUAAUACCAACAAUAAACCCGAAGUGAUAACCAUGGAUAACACAGUAGCGGAAAAGGAAGACGGAGCCAAAGAUAAAAUUUCAAAUUCAUCAGCGCUAAUGCACAUGAUUAAAUCCACCAUUGGUGGUGGAUUUCUAGCAAUGCCAGAAGCGUUUCAUAACGCCGGACUGUUGGUGGGAACAGUGGGCACGAUGAUCCUUGGAGUGGCCGUUUUAAAUAUGAUGUCCUUUAUCGUUCGUAUCUCCCAGAAAUUGAGAUCCGGUAAAUACGCUGCCGCAAUUUUGGCAGAAAAAAAUAAAAAUGAUGGUGGAAUUGAAGGCAAGAAUGACGUCGUAGAGCAAAUUGACUUUAAUUCCAAUAAACUAAUUUUAAAGCCGAUGGACUACCCGGACACAGUGGAGGCAGUGUUCAAGUACGGCUCAGGAGGCCAUUUCGCGUCAUGGGCCCAACGUGCCAAAAAGUUAACCACUGUUACAUUGAUCGUGACUUAUUACGGAGUCAACAUCAUCUACGUGUGCAUCGUGGCCAGCACCACCAAGCAGAUAGUCGACGUUCACACUAAGGAUUCAGAAGUGGGCACAUUGGGGUACGCAUUGCACGGGCUGUCUGUCCGCUACUACCCAUUAUGUGUUGCAAUUCUUAUAAUCCCUAUGGGAAUGAUUCAGCUUAUAAAAUACUUGGUACCGUUUUCUGUUGUGGCAAACGCACUUAUGUCAGUCGGGACCUUAGUGCUAUUUUAUUUCGUGUUUACGGACGAUAAUGGGCGCAACCCGCUCAACCCAGAAGAAAUGGCCAAAAUGGUGGUGUGGCCGAUUGCCAGAUGGACUUUGUUUGCCGGAAGUGCCCUAUGCUCGAUGGAGGGCGUCGGAAUGCUGAUGCACAUUGAAAACUCUAUGAAAAAACCCCUCGAACUAGCUGGACCACCGGGAUACACACUACACUGGUCAAUGUUGAUCAUUGUCUUGCUGAACGGUGCGUUGGGAUUUUUCGGCUACAUACGAUACGGAGAAAGGUGCUUAGGAAGUGUACCACUCAACUUACCAUCAGACAACAGUCUUUCAGAGUGCGUAAAAAUUGUUGUUACGUUGGGCAUACUGAUGACCUACGGCCUUCAGCUGACCGUCACUGCUGACCUCGUAUGGCAGUGGCUGUUGAGAAGGUCGGAUGCAAACGUUUCUACGAAAGGUGGAUCGGACACUGCACAAGAAGUGAACAAUAAAAAUAAAUACAAUAUUAUGAGAUUCUCACUGAUAAUCGGUACCGUUAUUGUGGCGACAGUGGUGCCGGAUGUCGGCCCCAUGAUUUCUCUAGUGGGUUCUGUUGGUUUUUCGGUCCUAGGUCUACUGAUACCCGCAGCACUUGAAACUGUGUGGUAUUGGGACCUACAGAGUGAGGACGACUCUUUUGAAGAACUAGCUGAUGCCGAUGUCGAAUUGAACCAAAUCGGAUUGGCGUCAUCAACGGCUUUGACAUCAAGGGUUGACAAUUGGAAAGAGAGAAAAAUCGCCGUCAAAAGAAAAUUAAGGCACAUAAAAAAUGUUAUUUACGUGAUAUUAGGAUUGUCCGCGCUGGGCGGCGGGGCCUUUUACAACUUAAAAGAAAUGUUUACUCCUGCCCCAGACCAUACGUCAUAA